AUGUUGCCCAAGACACUUCUCGUCGCCCUCGCCGGGUCAGCGCUUGUCAGCGCACUUCCGGCACUCACUAGUCAAGAUGGCCUGACUCCCGAACAGAUCAAUGCAGGCUGUGGCCUCAAUUCGAGUACACACAUCCGUCCCGAGUGUCACGCCGGCGCCGGCAACCACACUGCAUAUCCAGGAGCUGCGCCAGACCCAAAAACCCGUGUCAACGUCGUACUUGAAUGUCACAUGACGGGACACGUCUUCCCAUGCUGCCGUUGGACUUUAUUCAAUCGCAAAAUGAGUUUUGGGUGCAAAGAGGAUGAUCCUGACAACCCGCCACUUCCGACUCAACGUCCUUCUCCCUCAAAUCAUUAUGGGAACCAGACGACUUCCGCGAUGCCGUCCAUCGGAGAGACAACCACUGCACAUAACGCAACAACGGGUCACAGCACUGCCGCCACCACUGCAAGUAGGAGCAGCCUGUAUCAUAUGCCUAACUCCACCACAUCCGAGACCCGACCUACGGCCUCGUCGUCUGGCACCAGUGUCGGCCCAGAAAGCUCAUGCAGCGUCAACAGCCAAAGUCAGACCAGGAACCACAGUACUAGUCCAAUACUUCCACCCUGCACGUCGACAUCACAAAGAAGCCCAUCUUUGUCUCUGAAUUCCACGUCCACUCCGAAUCCUUCUAGCGGAUACACGAAUUCGACGUUCACUACAUCCCGGUCAAAAGAGUCUCAUACCACGAACUCAUCUGCCACGAUCACCUCGUCCACUCAUGCCGCCUGGUCUAGCACCGUCAGAUGGCCCAAUUCCACAUCUCUCAGCCAUACCAACUCAUCAGCUUCUGUCACAAGCACCCCCACAUUGUUCAAGCCAAGCUUAACGGCCUCCAAAACUAAUGGGACAGCCACGACAAGCUCAACUACUAGAACGCCUGUCUUAACAAGCGGUAGUUCCUCGGAGUUGUCGUCCACUGUUGGGCAGAAGACAAGCAGUCCGUUGAGCUCAAGUUCCACUAUGCCUUCGAAAACAUCCACCAGCAGCUCCUCAACACGCUCGAGCUUCAUUAUCGCCCCUAUUCCCACGGGAACCAAACCUCCACCGACCAUCAAACCUCCCGGGGCCACAGAGACCAAAGAGCAUGAUCGCACAAGUACCAAGCAUCACCAUGACGAUACGAGUACUAAACCGCCUGAGCCCCCUGGGCCACCCAGGCUACCUAUGCCACCUUUGCCCCUUGUGCCCCCCGUGCCACCAGGGCCACCUGGACCACCUACACCCCCUGGGCCACCUGGGCCACCUGGGCCACCUAGACCACCUGGACCUCCUGGGCCACCUUGGCUACCUGGGCUACCUCCUCCUCCUCCUGUGCCCCCUAGACCGCCUAGGCCACCUGCUCCACCUAUGCCUCCUGGGCCACCUGUGCCCCCUGUGCCUCCUGGGCCACCUUGGCUACCUGGGCUACCUCCUCCUCCUUCUGUGCCCCCUGGACCACCUGGAGCACCUGGGCCCCCUGGGCCACCUAUGCCUCCUGUGGCUCCUCCUCCCCCUCCUCCCCCUCCUCCUAUGCCUCCUAUACCCCCUGGACCACCUGGGCCACCUACACCCCCUGGGCCGCCUGUGGCUCCUGGGCCACCUUGGCUACCUGGGCUACCUCCUCCCCCUCCCCCUCCUCCUAUGCCCCCUAGACCACCUGGGCCACCUAGGCCACCUACGCCCCCUACACCCCCUGGGCCACCUACGCCCCCUGGGCCACCUUUGCUACCUGGGCUACCUCCCCCUCCUCCCCCUCCUCCCCCUCCUCCCCCUCCUCCCCCUCCUCCUCCACCUACGCCCCCUACACCCCCUGGGCCACCUGGGCCACCUGGGCCACCUGGGCCCCCUGGGCUACCUGUGCCUCCUGUCCCCCCUCCCCCUCCUGUGCCACCUGGGCCACCUGGGCCCCCUAGGGCCACAGAGACCAAGAAGCAAGACGGCACGAGUACAAAGCACCACCACGAUGAUUCGAGUACCAAGCCUCCCGACACCACGAGCACCAAAUCUUCAACAAGCUCAAGCUCUGAUAUCACGAGUACAGCGGAGUCAACUGAAUCAACCACAACGGAGUCAACUAAAUCGACCACAGCCGAAUCAACUGAAUCAACCACAACGGAGUCAACGAAAUCGACCACAGCCGAGUCAACAGGAUCGACUACAACAAACUCGAAGUCCCCGGUGCCUACUGACCCGCCACUUUCUAGUGACCCCCCGGUCUCUCCAGAGGACUUGGAUCAAGACCUGCAAGACGUGAUCGAUAACGUCGAACCUUCGAAGGGGAGGAAAAGAGACCGCUUUGCAAAGGCCCUCGGCAUUGGCUCGGGCUCCGGAAUCCCCGGUGUAAACCUCAUCAAAUGGGUUGCCAAGGUGCUCCGCGCGCUCAACAAGAUAAGAAAGCUCUCAAAUGGCAGAAGCCCCUCGGAAGCCGUGAUGGAAACCCUCAAGAAUUAUCGAAUGGAAAUGAGUCCGCACUGGAACUUCAACCCUAAUCCGAACAAGCCUUGGGCUCCCCGUCCGCCAAGCGACAUCGUCAGCGAGGCGGCCGAUUCCGUGGACGACUGGUAUGACGACCUUUGCCGAGGUGGAAAGACCGGGGAGCAGGCGGCUGAGAUCAUCGACAACUUCAAGGCCGAUAUGGAAAAGGCGGAGAAGUGGGCGGCCGACCAGGCGGCGGCGAGCGGCUCAGGGGCAGCCAAGGUCGAGCCUGUGGUCAACGCUGCUGCUGGAGCUGCCUUCAACACUCCUUCUGCCAUCAACUCGUGGACCGCACAAGCAGCCGCGCAGCUCGCUUCAACUCCUGGAACCUCCCCAGAGGAGUUGGCCAAUGCGCUUCUCAAGGCAGGCGUCCCCUCUGAAGCCAUCGAGUCAACGGUCGAGGCUAUCAAACUCGCCAUCGCGGCCGCACCCAAGGGCUGGAUCGGAAGGCCGGCCUUCAAUGCUGCACUCGGGGUCAUCUCAAGUUCCGCCUCCUCCGCGUGCGUGGCUGCGUCUGAGGCGGCCAAGGCCGCAGUCAACGGAGCUUCCGGCCCAGGUCUCGCGUGGUCUCUCGGCCCCGCUGGUGUUCCCGCUGCUGCUGCAGAUGCCACUGCCGCGUCCAUGGCCGAGGCCAUCGAGGCGGCCAAGGCCUCUGGGACCGAUCCUGUCGUCGCUGCCAUGAGAGUCAUCACAGAGGCUGCAUCCUCGGCUGCCGAGGGCGCCUCCGGAGCCGCUCCUCGUGCGGCCUUCGCAGCCAGGGGUGUCACACUGUACAAGCGUAUCGGCAGCGGUGCGCCGCCUGUGUCUCCUGCGCAAGGAGCCCUUGAUGUAGUGGGAGCUGCGUUCAACUUCUGGCAGGCUGUCCCAUGGGUUAUUAUGGACGUCCUGAACGACCUCAAGGCCAACGCCACUGAUCCGUCAGAUAUUGAAAGCCUGGACAGCGUUCUUGCGAUGGGGCCCCCACCUGAUUUCACUUCAAGACUCGAGUUCCCGCCGUUCCCGUAUCAGCACGGUGGUAACCGCAUCACUGGUAUCCCAGAGCCUGAAGUCCCAGCCGGGCGGCCGACGCCAUCCAUCCCUCCUCAAGCCACUGAGCAGGGGACAAAGACGGCUCCUGGGACGCCGUCCUCGACACGAACAUUGGAGCCGGCACCACCAGGUACAGGCGGUUACUUACACGAUGGCACGAAGCCGCAUCCAUCGCCUCUCCGCCCUAGACUGCGUGAUUAG